UACAGGAGAUGACCAUAGACUGAGGACACAGUACAAGGGGAUGACCAGAGACUUGCGGACACAGUACUGAGAUGACCAGAGACUGCGGAGACAGUACAGGAGAUGACCAGAGACUGCGGACAUAGUACAGGAGAUGACCAGAGACUGCGGACACAGUACAGGAGAUGACCAGAAAAUAGACUGCGGACAUAGUACAGGAGAUGACCAGAGACUGCGGACAAGAACAGAGAUGACCAGAGACUGCGGACAUAGUACAGGAGAUGACCAGCCAAGACUGCGGACAUAGUACAGGAGAUGACCAGAGACUGCGGACACAGUACAGG